CGUUCGGCCGCCAGCGGGGCCGUGCCCUUGGUCGCCAACGCGGCCGCGCGCUCCGCUUCGCGCGCGGCGCGGGCCUCCGUCAGGCCAGGCGCGCGGCCGCCGCAGAGCGCUGACCCUCCGCGCAAGACCAGAUCGCGGCAGCAGGAGCAG